AUGAAGCUGAGGUUCUACAUGUUCGACUGGGAUGAUAAUAUCUUAUAUAUGCCAACUAAAGUGCAUGUUGAUAUUGAUGGUGAACCAAGGGACAUUACUACACAAGAGUUUGCCAAGCUCAGAGGCAGUCCUGGUUUGAAGCCUCGAAAUGGUAGUUGGAAAGAGACAUUCGCAGAUAUGCACGAUGAGGAUGACCUCUUUUAUAGAGACGCUCUAGAAGCUAUUGAAAAGGAGCAAUUCGGCCCUUCGUUCCACUCCUUCAAGAAUUGCUUAGCACAUGCCCGUUUGUUUGCUAUUAUUACGGCACGUGGGCAUCCCUCGGAGGUUGUAAAGAGUGGGGUAUUACGACUCAUACCUAAGAUCUUAAAUGAGGAGGAGAUGGCGAGGAUGUAUCGGCAUUUGGAGUGGUAUGGAAAAUUACACGAUUCGAAGCCUAUGUCGGUUGAGAAGUAUAUAUCUCUAUGCGAGUUUGCCACGGUAUCAUCGAAUGAAUUUCGUGCGAAGUAUGGUAAUCUUCCGAGUGAGGAAGCGAAACAGAUUGCGAUGCGACAAUUCAUAGACAGUUCUGUUGAGAGGAUUCAGCGCAUUAUAACGCAUUCGGUGGCAUCAGAGGUUCGUAAGUUGCGUAUGCUUCGUCGGAAGGGCAGUAAGAUUAUGUGUAAUAUGUCUUAUACCGAUCUCACCUUUGGUAUGUCUGACGAUGAUCGUCAUAAUGUUAAGGCGAUUUCGGAUUUCCUUGCGAAUGAUAUGACGAAAGAGCACAAGCAUGCUAAGUUUUAUGUCUAUGAUACCAGGAUGAACAAGGAGUAG